GCCGGAAGCCACCAAAAUGAAUGGACCGGAUGGAAGAAACGGCAUUUUGAGUUUCCUUUAAAAUUACAACUUAACUAAAACAUUGCUUUUUUUAAACACUGAGGACAUGAUUUAAAGCAGACUAUGCAGUUAUAAGUAAACCAUACGUGUAAUAAUACCCGUUUAAUCAAGUAUGCAAUUUUUCCACUCGAUUUGUACACAUCCCUUUUGGCCGCUCCCAGCCUCCGUACCGUAAGUGCACUAAGAGACAUGCGAGAACAUUUAGUUGGCAGUUUGACGGAGGUAUAACAUUUGUAGCUGUUCUCAUGUCGGUUGUCUCGUCUAUUUUCACCCAUUAGUCUUAAAUGUUUUGAUUCAGUAUGGCUUCUCUAAAGUCAGUGCUGGCCCACUCUACCAGAGUGCUAUCAAUACUCAAACAGCAGACAAAUGCCAUUUACAUCAAGAGGACCUUCCUUCUGUCCAGGCUGCCUCCCUUCAAACGUGCUGACGGCAGGUUCAUCAACGUUGGGCGACAGUCCAGCUCCACAGCAGCAAGUGCAGAGAAAGGAGAAGACUCUUUCCUCAAAUGGUUCCUGCUGCUCAUCCCCGCCACCACGUUUGGUCUUGGCACAUGGCAGGUGAAACGGCGUCAGUGGAAACUGCAGCUGAUUGACGAGCUGAAAAGACUCACCACCGCAGAACCCAUUCCUCUUCCUCUUACUGCCUAUGAGCUGAAUAACCUGGAGUACAGAAGAGUGAGAGUGCGUGGCCAGUACGACCACACUCAGGAGCUGUACGUUCUGCCCCGCUCACCAGUGGACCCAGAGAGAGAGGCCCGGGAGGCAGGAAGACUGACUUCAAGUGGGGAGACCGGCGCCAAUGUCAUCACCCCAUUCCACUGCACUGACCUCGGGAUCACAAUCCUGGUGAACAGAGGAUACGUGCCGAGACAGAAGAUAAGACCAGAGACCAGGACGAAAGGACAGGUGGAGGGUGAGGUGGAAGUGGUCGGGGUGGUCCGACUGACAGAGAUUCGCAAACCCUUUGUCCCGAACAAUGACGUGGAGAGAAACCGCUGGCACUACCGCGACCUGGAGGCCAUGUCCCAUGUCACUGGAGCGGAGCCCAUCUUCAUCGAUGCGGACUACGGGAGCACCAUCCCUGGAGGACCUAUCGGUGGACAGACCAGAGUCACACUGAGGAAUGAACACAUGCAGUACAUAGUUACAUGGUAUGGCUUGUGUGCUGCAACCUCCUACAUGUGGUAUGCGAAGUUCAUCAAGAGAAUCAAGGUUUAAUAAGAUUAAAUGCAGUGUUGUUACUGAUACCAUCUGAAAUACUGUAUAGCAAGUGAGUUUGAUUUACUUGAUUUAUACCGUCAGCUCCAGCUUGCAGUAAACAUUCACUGACUAAUAUGUAUAUAGUUGUGGAUUUUUCUGAAACAUGUUGAAAUAAAUUAAGUUAGAAUCAA